AUGCCUGAAGCCACAAGCGUGGAGGUGGAACAACAGGAGGGAGACGAGGUGUUGAGUGCGGCUGAGCGGCGGAGGCUGCAGAACCGGCUGAACCAGCGAGCGAGUCGCCAGCGGAAGAGGGAGUUGCAGAAGCAGCAGCAACAGGAAAAGAAGAAGCGCCGAUUUGACAAAUGGGUCGUUUACGUCGAUCCAAGGGGAGGCAAGACGCAGCAGCAAGACAGGCCACGAGAUGGACAGCUUCUGGAUCAGGAGCAGCAGCGGCAUCAGUACCGGCUCGCCCAGUCGCAGUCGGCCCCCCUUGGCUUGGACGCGGACAUUGCAGGCGUCACGGACAUGUUCCUCUCCAAGGGGUACCACCGCAAGGUGUUCCGCUUCUUCUGCACCAUGACGACGGAGGACCGCGCCGUCUUCUUCCGGCGCCUGUACGAGCUGGUGUCUCGCCACGUUGCGCAGCAUACGCUGGACAGCCAGCUGCUGCUGUCCGUCAUGCAGUUCAACAUCAUCCGGGCCGUGGCCGUGAACGCGAGGUGGAUGGGGCUAUCGGUGGACAACAUGGGCGAUGACAUUGUCUCGCCUUUCUACGAUGGCGGAGGCGGCAGCAGCAGCAGCCGCAUCCUGCCUGCUUUGCCUCCUGCUGUGGCGGCUAGCGGCGGUGGUGCCCUUCAGCAGCAUGACGACGAGUUGCAGAGUGUACCGCUGGCUUUGCGGCCGACUGCGUUGCAGAGGCAGGUCGUUCAUCACCCCUGGAUCGACCUCUGUCCUCAGCCGUCGCUGCGAGACGCGCUCCUGAGGCGGUUACACGAUGGCGACCUCGACGAGGACGAGUUCUGCCACCACAUGUUUCUACAGUGCCACGCGUCGGACGACGACGGCAUGCUGGGGAUGGUGGUGUGGGGGGAGGCUUGGGAUCCCGCGUCGUACGAGAUGUCGGCCACCAUGGUGCGCAAGUGGCCGUGGCUGGCGGUUGAGUGCCCGGACAUUAUUCGGACGAGCAAUUACUGGCGGGCGACGCGACGGGAGAGACCGCUGAGGGUUUCGUGA